AUGAUGAUGACGUGCCGUCUGCUAUGCGCCCUGUUGGUGCUUGCCCUGUGCUGCUGCCCGUCCGUGUGCGUUUCAGAGGAAGCUGCCGCUUCUUCAAAGGUGACCACAACACCGGCAUCAAUUAAUCCUGGAGCUAAUGGAAGCGUUGCCAGUCAAUUGACCCCCCCCUCAGUGACACCACAGGAGACCGGUCAUCUAGGGUUGUCAAGUAAGGAGCCAGUUGUGGAAAAAGAAAAAACUGUUGGAGGGGGAGAAGUUUUGACCGUUCAAGAACCGCCAACAGAUACGGAAGAUCCGAAAGAAGUUAAGAACGGCAUGUCUGGGCCAAUACGUGGCAACAACCCACCCGCAAAACAAACAAAUAAGGUGUCUGAAACUUCUACUCAGACAACGACCACGACGACGACCACAACAAAGGCACCAACCACGACCACCACCACUGCGCCAGAGGCACCAAGUACUACGACUACAGAGGCGCCGGCUGUGUCGACCACCCACGCACCGUCACGUCUUCGCGAAAUCGACGGCAGCCUCAGCAGCUCUGCGUGGGUGUGUGCCCCGCUGGUACUCGCCGCAUCCGCGCUGGCGUACACCACUGUGGGCUGA